CAUCGGAAAGGGACGACGACGAUGGCGGCGCUCGGUGCACCAGAAGUGAUCACACAGCUGGAAAGCGCUGCCAAAGUUUUAAUGGCCCCGCCGUCCAUGGUCAGCACAGAGCAGAGGCAGCAUGCUGAACACAUCUUCCUCUCCUUCAGGAAGUCAAAAUCACCUUUUGCCAUCUGCAAGCACAUCUUGGAGACCAGCAAGGUGGACUACGUGCUGUUCCAGGUGGCCACGGCCAUCAUGGAGGCCGCGGUGCGGGAGUGGAUCCUGCUGGAGAAGAGCAGCAUCGAGUCGCUCCGGGCCUUCCUCCUCACCUACGUCCUCCAGAGACCCAACCUGCAGAAGUACGUGCGUGAGCAGAUCCUGCUGGCCGUGGCGGUCAUCGUGAAGAGAGGCUCGCUGGACAAGAGCGACAGCUGCAAGAGCGUCUUCCUCGAGGUCGGACAUCUCAUCGGCAGUGGGAACCCCACAGUGCAGACCCUGGCGUGCUCCAUCCUCACCGCUCUGCUCAGCGAGUUCUCCAGCUCCAGUAAGACCAGCAGCAUCGGCCUCAGCAUGGAGUUCCACGGCAGCUGCAAGCGCCUCUUCCAGGAGGACGGCCUGCGUCAGAUCUUCAUGCUGACCAUGGAGGUGCUGCAGGAGUUCAGCCGCGUGGAGAACCUCAACGCCCAGAUGUCGUCCGUCUUCCAGCGCUACCUGGCGCUGGCCAAUCAGGUGCUCUGCUGGAACUUCCUGCCGCCCAAUCUGGGGCGCCACUACAUCGCCAUGUUCGAGGCCACGCAGAGCGUCACGCUGAAGCCCACGGAGAGCUGGAGGGAGGCGCUGCUGGACACGCGGGUCAUGGACCUGUUCUUCACGGUGCACCGUAAGAUCCGCGAGGACUCCGACAUGGCCCAGGACUCGCUGCAGUGCCUGGCCCAGCUGGCCUCCAUGCACGGGCCCGUGUUCCCCGACGAGGCCGCCCAGGUGUCCUACCUGGCCCACCUGGUGGAGGGCCUGCUCAGCAUGAUCAACGGGAUCGAGAUCGAGGACUCCGAGGCGGUGGGCAUCUCCAACAUCAUCUCCAACCUGAUCACCAUGUUCCCCCGGAGCAACCUGACGGCGCUGCCCAGCGACCUCUUCACCUCCUUCAUUAACUGCCUCACGCUGCUCACCUGCUCCUUCGGACGCAGCGCCGCCCUGGAGGAGGUGCUGGACAAAGACGACAUGGUGUACAUGGAGGCCUACGACAAGCUGCUGGAGGCGUGGCUCACGCUGGUGCAGGACGAGGAGCACUUCCCCCGCGGCUGCUUCGUGCAGCCGGCCGUGCAGGUCUUCAACUCCUACAUCCAGUGUCACCUGGCGGCGCCCGACGGCACGCGCAACCUGUCGGCGAACGGCGUGCCGUCCCACGAGGAGGAGGAGAUCAACGAGCUGCAGGAGGACGACCGCGAGCUGUUCUCAGACCAGCUGUGCAGCAUCGGCAUGCUGGGCCGCGUGGCGGCGGACCACUGCAUCCCGCUGCUCUGCAGCCUGCUGGAGGACCGCGUGACGCGGCUGCACGGCCAGCUGCAGCGGACGCAGCAGCACCUGCUGGCCUCGGCCACGCCCGGCUCCCUGGAGCGCUCGGUGCUGGACGACCUGUACGAGGACAUCCACUGGCUGCUGCUGGUCUCAGGGUACCUCCUGGCAGACGGCUGUCAGGGCGAGACCCCGCUGAUCCCCUCCGAGGUGAUGGCGUUCUCCAUCAAACACUCCACGGAGGUGGACAUCAACACCACGCUGCAGAUCCUGGGCUCCCCGGGGGAGAAGGCCUCGUCCAUCCCGGGCUGCAACCGCACAGACGCCGUCAUCAGGUACCGGGGAGGCGUUGCGUGUCGUCUGCAGAGCAAGUCCAUGCGGCUGUACGAGGCGUGCCUCACGCUGCUGCAGGUCUACUCCAAGAACAACCAGAGCCGCAAGAGGAGCGACGCGGCGGCCGAGGAGGACCAGUACCAGGACCUGCUGCUCAUCAUGGAGCUGCUCACCAACCUGCUGUCCAAGGAGUUCAUCGACUUCAGCGACACCGACGAGGUGUUUAGAAACCAGGACCAGGGGCCGCCGGCGUCCGGCCGCACGGUGUCGGCGGCGGACGUGGUUCUGUACGGCGUCAACAUCGUGCUGCCGCUCAUGUCCCAGGACCUGCUCAAGUUCCCCUCCCUGUGUAAUCAGUACUACAAGCUCAUCACCUUCAUCUGUGAGAUCUUCCCAGAGAAGAUCCCCCAGCUGCCUGAAGACCUCUUCAAGAGCCUCAUGUUCUCCCUGGAGCUGGGCAUGACCUCGAUGAGUUCAGAGAUCAGCCAGCUGUGUUUGGAGGCUUUGUCUCCAUUGGCUGAGCAGUGCGCCAAAAACCAGGAGAAGGACACGCCCCUUUUUGUGGCCACGCGCCACUUCCUCAAGCUGGUGUUCGACAUGCUGGUGCUGCAGAAGCACAACACGGAGAUGUCGGUGGCGGCAGGAGAAGCUCUGUACACGCUCGUGUGCCUGCAUCAGGUGGAGUACUCUGAGCUGGUGGAGGCCCUGCUGUCCUCCCAGCGGGACGUGGUGGUGCACCAGCGGCUGUCGGAGGCCUUCGGCCGGCUGGCCUCCAGCAGCUCUCCUCCCGCCAUGGACCGGAAGCAGAAGGUGGUGUUCCUGAAGAGCCUGGAGGAGUUCACGGCCACCGUGGGGGGGCUGCUGUGCGUCAAGUGACCGCGAGGCCCCGCCCCUGCCCCUCGGAACUCUGGGUAAAGAGUCGGCCGGAGGACCCUGAGGGCCUCCGCGUGCUCGCCUCCUCGGAUUUUUAAAUUUUUUUGGAGGGGAGGGGGCGGGGCUUCCUCGGUGUGAUUGACAGACUCAUUGAUGACGAUGAAGAUGCGUGUAACCAUGGAGACGGGACUGGAGAUGGCCGCUGAGGAGAGCAGGUGGAGGUGAUCGUCCUCCACCUGCUCCAUCACCUCCUGUGCCUGGAGGCCACACAGACACGCACACACACAGACACACAGACAGACACACACACUCACAGACAGACACACAGACAGACAGACACACACAGACACUCACACACACAGAGACACACACAUUCACAGACAGACACGCACACACACAGACACACACACACAGAGACACACAGACACACACACAGACACACACACAGAGACACACACACUCACAGACAGACACGCACACACACAGACGGAGACACACAGACCGACAGACACACACAGGCCGUUUGUUUGUGACAGAAAACCAAAAUCAGAUCCAUAAAGGGUGUAAUAUAUUAUUAUGUUUAUAAAUCAAACUACAAGAAGUGUUCGUUAAAAACAUGACCGAUGUUUUUAUAUGCCGAGGAGGAGGAUGAUGGGGAGGAGGAGGAGGAGGAUGAUGAUGGGGAGGAGGAGGAGGAUGAUGAUGGGGAGGAGGAGGAUGAUGGGGAUGAGGAUGAUGAUGGGGAUCAUCUUCCUCAGUUCUUCUGUGUUGUGAUCUUAGUUUUUCGUUUCCUCUAAAGUUUAGCAGAUUUACUUCAUGUUGUAUUUUUGCUACAGCAGCUUUCACUCUCCAACACACACAGACACACACACAGACACACACAAACACAGACACAGACACACAGACAGACACAUACACACACAUACACAAAGACACACACAUACACAAAGACACACACACAGACAGACACAAAGACACACACAUCCACACACAAAGACACACACACAUAUACACACACAGACACACAUCCACACACACAGACACACACACAGACAGACACAUACACACACAUACACAAAGACACACACAUAUACACACACAAAGACACAUACACAUAUACACACACACAAAGACGCACACACAUAUACACACACACAAAGACACACAUGUAUACACACACACAAAGACACACACAUGUAUACACACACACACAGAUGACGGACAGCAUAACAAACCAAAUGAGCCAAUCAGCUGUUUUUGUUAUUGAAGUGUAAAAGUGUACAUAAAGUUAUUGUAUAAAAAUGUUUUGGCUUCUGCAGUU